AUGGCUCCCGGCCAUCCCGCUCUUCCUGCGCCGGCAGCUCCCACCCGUAAGAUCUUUGAUCCCUGGAACUCGUCGUCCACCGGGCAUCAACGUGCGGACAACAAUCUCUCUGGUUCCACUUCAUGGCGUCAAUCCCGCACUCUAAAGCUGCGCAAUCAAUUUGCCGCUGGGCCUGGCGGAGGCAAGCGGAUCUUCGAUACUGUCGGCGCAGGUAGCCCAAAUUUUGGUCAAGAUGGCAGAAAAGAAAAUGGGAGUUGGGAAAAGGGCGCCAAAAGCCUGCGAGAGCCAGGCUGGCGGGAUAUUGGCACGAUGAUAGCCAAAGGCUCGGAAGAGGAGUCAAACGACCAGAAAGAGGAAAGAUUGCGCCAGAGUCAGAAAUUUCCAGAGACAAAAUUGGGCGUUGUGGAUGGUGAGGAGAUUGUUGGGCCAAAGCCACAGUCUAAGGGAAUAUUUUACGGCCUCUCUUUCUACAUCAAUGGAUCCACCGCGCCGAUGAUCUCGGACCACAAAUUGAAACAGCUGAUUGCAGAAAAUGGCGGGAAAGUGUCUCUUGGCUUAGCCCGUCGGUCGGUCAGCCACGUCAUUGUGGGAAGACCAAACGGAAGAUUGGGCGGUGCUGGAGGUGGUCUAUCAGGAAGCAAGAUCGAGAAAGAGAUUCAAAGAGUUCGAGGAUGUGGCGUGAAAUUCGUCGCAGUCGAAUGGUUUAUUGAGAGUCUGAAAGCUGGCAAGAGACUACCUGAGCAUCAAUUCUCAGGCGUCAGUACAGCACCCUGUGGCGUCAAGAGUGUGGCGGGUUUCUUCAAGAACCAGGAAGCUAAGAGCAGUAAGGCUUCGAGCUCGAAAGCUGGUGUGAAACUUCAACAGGGAGGCUGA